UCUUCACGGAAGGUAUGGAGAAACCAGCUAUCAGACUCGCAUUAGCUUUGCUUCUCUCACCGAGGUGGACCUACAUGCCAUUUCUUUAGCAGCUCGUCUUCUUUUCGUUGUUUAUUUAUUUAUUAGUUUUCAAUCUGAAGAAGAACUUCAGACCAGCUAUUAUGAAAGUCUCAUCAAACAAAAAGGUCUUAGGUGAAGCCUAGGCUCUAAACAAGGUGCAUGCCGUGCAAACUUCCAUAUUUGACGGCUUUGGAAUCCAUGUCUGCAAGUUCUACAAUGCAAUGUUGUUCGCUAAAAGAAAGUGUUGUUUAAUCUGAAUUCUGGUGCUUAGGUGCUAGAUUUCCAUAAAUCUUUACGGUGACAAAGGCUUCAUUGUUAUGAUUGUGGGUGCUGGUUUAGACUUUUGCAUAUCCCUCCCUCUGCUCUUAGAAUCAUGAAAAAUAGAAGCUCCCUUAGACCAGAACUUAUUUCUAACAAGGAAAAAUCUGCAAUUGACUUUUAUUUUUCGACUACCAGUCGGUCAAUCAUCGGAUUUGAGAUGACUUAAAACUCUGUUUCCUUGAUCCCCUCGCAAGUUUUCCUUCUACACCUGCCAAGGGUGGUCAGUCAAUGCUUAGAAGGUAGUCUAUACUCAAUAGGUUGGAGGUUGCUUAGUUAUGGGGGCUAAGGUUUGAUAGCAACUUAUUCUUGAUAUUGUUACUGCCCAAGAAAGACAUGACACAAAAUAGAAGGUUGUCUCUUGCUUGACGACUCCUCUUUCCCUCGUCCCUACUUUACAAUGAAGCUCUUAAGCAUCACGUUUCCUUUGUGAUAUUAUGUUGUUGCUCCCUUUAUUCUUUUCCCAUCCGCCCUUCCCUUUCCUCUUCCUUUGUGGAAAGAGAAGGGGAAGAGACAAGAGAUCUAAAGAAUACCCCAGCCAUGUAAAGGAUAAUAAGUCCUUCAGGAUAGAAAGUAUCAGAUUCCUCCGUCCCUAAAACCAAGCAUGACCGGUACUCAGAAGCCAAGGUGAGUCUCAAGACAUUGCCAAAGCUUCUCCCUCUCCAUACUAGGAGGAAUUGGGUGUUAUUCCAAAGGCAUGGGAAGGUCAGUUCUUCCAUGUUUCCAGCCUCGAAGCCAGUGUCUUCUUUUGACCGAGGAUGCCUCUAACUUCUGUUCUUCUCUCACUAAAGAUCUCAAAAGGCUCGAGCAGUCGUUUGCAACGGACUCGGUGUCUCUCAAGUGGUCCGUCGAAGCCAUGAGCCUUCUGAAGAAGAUGCAGGUUGAACUCCUCGUCUUGUUCAAGAAAUCCAAGCUGCCAAUCUCUUAUGGAGCUGAGGAGGAUUGGUUUGAUCAAUACAUGAAAGAAACUGCAACUCUUUUGGAUUUUUGCAACUCACUAAAGUCUGCAGUCUCUGGAAUAAAUCGGUAUCGCAUGGUGGUAGAACUUGCAAUCCAAAAGCUUGGUGAGGUCGACAAUUCAUCCACCAUGGCUGAUGUCAACAACAUCGAAUUCGAGAGAGUGCAUAGAAGAAACCAUGAGAAACUUUUGGAUGCUGGAGUAAUGAAAGAAACAUCAAGACUAGGCAGUGGAAUCUCAUCAGGAGGCAACCAAAUGCAGGUGAAGAGUAUGGCUGUUGUGAUGCUUGCUGCCAAGACUACAAUGAUAGUUUUAUCAUUGCUCCUCGUAUCAGCCAUGGUUUCUCCUGUUUCCAUCGACAUGGGAAAUGGAGACAUCACUCAUAAGGUACCUCAGCUCAAGCCAUGCAUGGAGUUGCUCACACAAUUGGUUGGGAGGUUUCAUGAGAGAUCUCCAAGGCCUGAGAGUGGCUCUGGACUGGCUUUGGUUGAGCAUGAGAUGGUGGAUGAGGUGGUGGGAGAUUUGAGAGCCCAGGUGGUGGAAGGAAGGGUUGAUGACAGAGAGAGAUUCUUGAGUGGUGUUGAGUUGCUGAGGACAAGGUCAGCUGGGUUGAAUGAGGGAGUGGAGAGGUUUGAUGCUGCGGUGGAUGAGGUGUUUGAAGAGGUGAUGAGAGGGAGAAAUGAGAUGCUGGGAAUGUUCAGGGAUGGAGCCUUGUCUGGGGGAUGAAUUCUUGCUGCACCAGCGGAUAUUGGGGGAUGUCAAACAUUGUGAGGAUUUUCUGGUAGUUUUUAUCCUGUAAUUUGUUUUGAUGUGUAAUGUGAUGAUGCUAAAAGUAUUGAAAGCUAAUUCUAGCGGGGUGUAUGAUGCUUAUGCUUAAAAAAAGGGCUGAAAAAGGUCUGGCUAAGUUAUGAAUAUCUUAACAAUUAAG